AUGGCUUCCCCCAGUCUGGAAGGGAGAGGAGGCAGUUGCAAAGAUGAAAAAGGUGUUUUCCUCUUUGGUUUCCAUGAAGGUUAUGGGCUAAUGUCUAAUACAGGUGCAGAAAUCAGGGCAGUGCAUGAUGGGCUCCUCCUUUGCAUCUCCAAGGAGCUGGUUAAGAUUAUAGUUGAAUCUAACUCGCUCCUGGUGGUUAAUUCUCUCUCCGAAUGGUCUAAUUCUAGUUGGAAAUGGCGUUACUGGCAGUCCAGGAUCCUUCGUCUCAUGUCUAAAGGUCAAGUUCUGUUCCACCACAUCCUCGGGGAAGGGAAUAGGCCUGCUGAUGGGUUGGAUAGAUUGGGCAGCAACUCUUAA